CGUUUGACUCACUCCAGCCUCUUGGCUGGUGGGAAGGGGCAGAAAUGGUCGCGCCCGGAGCUGGGGCGACUCGGCUGCUCCUGCUCUUGCUGAUGGCGGCAGCAGCCCCCAGCCGGUCGCGGGGUAGUGGCUGCCGGUCCGGGGCCGCUGUGCGGGGGGCCGGGGCGGAAGGUCGAGAGGGUGAGGGCUGCGGCACCGUGGGGCUGCUGCUGGAGCACUCAUUUGAGAUCGAUGACAGUGCCCACUUCCGGAAGCGGGGCUCGCUGCUCUGGAACCAGCAAGAUGGCACCUUGUCUCUGUCGCAGCGGCAGCUCAACGAGGAGGAGCGGGGCCGGCUCCGGGAUGUGGCGGCGCUGAACGGCCUGUACCGUGUCCGGGUCCCGCGGCGGCCUGGGGCCCCUGAUGACCCAGAAGCCAGUGGCUAUGUCUCUUCCUUUGUCCCCGCGUGCUCCCUGGUAGAGUCGCACCUCUCAGACCAGCUGAUCCUGCACGUGGACGUGGCCGGCAACGUGGUGGGGGUGUCGGUGGUGACGUACCCCGGGGGCUGCCGGGGCCACGAGGUGGAGGACGUGGACCUGGAGCUGUUCAACACCUCCGUGCAGCUGCAGCCGCCGGUCCCGGCGCCGGGGCCUGAGACAGCAGCCUUCAUCGAGCGCCUGGAGAUGGAGCAGGCCCAGAAGGCCAAGAACCCCCAGGAGCAGAAGUCCUUUUUCGCCAAAUAUUGGAUGUACAUCAUUCCCGUCGUCCUGUUCCUCAUGAUGUCGGGAGCACCGGAUGCCGGGGGCCAGGGUGGAGGUGGUGGCGGGGGUGGUGGUGGAGGGAGUGGCCGGUGAGGGGCCCGUGAGCGCCCCAUCCCCUCACCCGGGGGACAGCUUCCUGCCCAGCAUGCCUGUGUCCUUGGUCGUCCUAGGAAGGCUUCACCAGCUCCUCCCCUCUCUCUGUCCUGUGGGGGUAGGAGGGCUCCCGCUCCCCAGGAGUCCCUUCCCUCUGGGCCUUGGUUUUACUGUUGGUGGGAGGGGUGGCUUUGUUCUGGGCCCUGCUGUAGCCCCAGAGGCUUCCCUUUGCCACAGGUUAGAGCCCAAGCUGCUGGUCCAGCUCCGACCGCACGUCUGGAUCCCCCCACCCUGCCCCCCCAAGCCCUGCAGUUUGGGAACAUGCCUAGUUCUCUCCAGCCUCUGUGCCUUUGUCGUGGUCUCGCCCCGCCUGGCCGGGCUAGAUGAUCCCCCUGACUUAUCUGGCACUGGGUUGGGACGCCAGCCUCCUGCCUGCCCGCCCUUGAGGGCGCCCUGGGGCUCCUGGCAGCCCAGAGCUGGCACAGGGCAGGGGUGGGCUGGGCAUGCGCACCCCCUCUUCCACCCCUCUGCACAGCCCUGUCCCCCGAUCUGGCCUGUAGCUGCCCACGGUGGGAGUGGAGAAUUCCUGCCAUCGGGAUGCCAGGCCCUCCAUAGGCUUCUGGGCUUGAAGAAAUGAUGUUCAAAGUCAAAACAAAACAAACGUGGUGGAGGCAGGGACCGGAUGAUGUAAACAGAGCCGCUUCCCUGGCCUGGGCGUCUUCCCUGGGACUUUGCUGGGUCCUUGCCAUUUAGCUCCCCUCCUCCUCUUGUCUGUUUGAAAACUUUGACAAGGCAAUAUAUUGAAAUAGCUUGAACGUUUUGGAGAGGUACAGCUUGCAACAGCCCAAGGUAACUGUUGACUCAGCUAAGAGGCUGUCAGGAUGUACAGGCACUACUGAGUUCCGCUGGUCCCUGUGGGUUAUUCAGAAACACCAAAAAAUGGCCGCCGUUGUCAUGGUAACGGCCGCAUCAGGCCCCACAGUGUCUGUGUAGCAGUUUAUUAAACUGUCCCCCAAAUGUUUAGCGUUCA